UCUGUACCAAUCUCUUCAAAGAAGAAGCAACCGCUCUCUCUUCUCCAGUUUCUAGCUCUUGCUUUGCUUAUUUGUUUGAUUUGCUGCUUGUUUGAGUGAUGGAGGGAGAGAGAGAGUAAUACUGGAAGAAAGAGAAGCGCUGUAGAGUGAGAAGAAAUCUAAGGGAAGAAGACUGCACUUUAACAAGAUUCAAGAAAGAGAUGGAGUUCACUGGGAUUUUUCAAGUUUUCAUCAUCAUUUUCAUCACUAUCAUGACUCUGUUCUACACGUUCCGCUGCGGAUUAUUAAAAUUUUCUUGUUGGACUCCUCCUAAUGCUGCGUCUAAUGAUGCUGCUAAUGAUGAUGACCACGAGGAGGAUGAUGAUAUCCCUCCUCACCAAGAAAAGUAUGAUGUGUUUAUUAGUUUCAGAGGUGAGGACACCCGCCUUACUUUUACCAGCCAUCUUCACGAUGCCUUACUUCAGAAGAAAAUUGAAACCUACAUAGAUUACAGGCUUGUAAGAGGAGAAGAAAUCUGGCCUGCCCUGUUAGAAGCAAUCCAGAAAUCAACACUUUCGGUAAUCAUUUUGUCAAAAAGCUAUGCUACUUCCACAUGGUGUCUGGAUGAACUUGUGCAUAUCCUAGAAUGCAAGGAAAAAUAUGGCCAGAUGGUUAUACCCAUUUUUUACGACAUUAAUCCAUCAGAAGUUCGAAAACAACAGGGGAGUUACGCACAUGCAUUUGCUCAACUUGAAAAACGAUUCAAGGGUAAUGACAAGGUGCACAAGUGGAGGGCUGCUUUGGCGACUACAGCCAAUCUAUCCGGAUUCGAUAAUACAACCAAAAAAGGGACGGAAGCUGACUUAGUUAAGCAUGUGGUUGAGGAUAUUUGGACCAAAUUGACUCGUGAAUCAUCAUGUGAUUUAAAGGGCCUGGUUGGAAUUGAAGGCCGCAUCAAGCAAAUCGAGUCCUUAUUAUGCCUUGAUUCGCCAGAUGCUUGCAAUACUGUAGGUAUUUGGGGAAUGGGUGGGAUUGGAAAGACCACCCUUGCUGAAGCUGUAUUUCAUCGGCUAUCAUAUAAGUUCGAAGCUUCUUGUUUUCUUCGAAAUAUUCGGGAGAGAGAACAAAAGGAUGGGCUAGUUCAGUUGAGGAAUACAAUUGUUAAGGAGGUAUUCAAGGAAAAAGAUCUAAAUAUUGAAACUUCAACCAUAGGUCAACUCUUGUUAGAAAGAGGUCCUAGUACAAAGGUCCUCAUUGUUCUUGAUGAUGUGAAUGAUUCACGUCAAUUGGAUCAGUUACUUGGAGAUGGUGUUGGGUCUGGUCCUGGAAGUCGAAUCAUCAUAACAACUAGAGAUAUGGCCCUGCUAGAGGGAAUUGUUGUAGAUGAUAAAAAUAUAUACGAGGUUAGGGGACUGGAACGUGAUGACGCCCUUCAGCUCUUUCGUUUGAAUGCUUUCAAGAAUAACACUCCUAUAACAGAUUAUACGAGGUUGUCAUCAAUGGUGGUGAGUUAUGCUGGAGGCAUUCCAUUAGCUCUUAAAAUUAUGGGGUCCUCAUUUCAUGGCAAAAGCAGAGAAGAAUGGGAAGAGGAAUUGAACAAAUUGAAGCAAUUUCCAAAUGAAAAAAUCCAGGACGUGUUGAAACUAAGCUAUGAUGGAUUGGGAAGAAACGAGAAGGAGAUAUUUCUGGAUAUUGCAUGUUUUCAUAAGGGAAAGCAUGUGGAUGAAGUAAAAAGAAUGGUAGAUAUUCGUGGUUUGUUUGCAACAUCCGGAAUUAGAGUUCUCAUUAAGAAAUCUCUCAUAUCAAUUGUUUCUACGAGGAAAACCUUAGAGAUGCAUGAUCUGGUACAAGAAAUGGGCCGGGCAAUUGUUUUGGAACAAUGCAUUGAAGAGCCUGGCAAACGUAGUAGGUUAUUCAUCGCUGAGGAUGUCUAUCAUGUGCUGAAAAAUAGGACGGGAACCUCAAUGGUUCAAGCCGUAUUCUUUGACAGGUCAAACAUUGAAGAGCUAGACUUGGAAGGUGCAAACUUCAAACAGAUGUCUAAGUUAAUAUUUCUAGGUGUGGAUAAGAGUUCCACCUAUAGGUUUAACAUCUACGGAAAAUUAAACGUUUCUCUGGAUCUUCCCAAUUCUCUUCGUUACAUUUUCUGGCAUGCAUAUCCUUUGGAAUCUUUGCCAUCAAAAUUCUCUGCUAUAAAUCUUGUUGAGCUUCAUAUGCCCGAAAGCCAAGUUGAGAAACUUUGGGAUGAAGACAAGAUUCUUAUGAACUUAAAAGUGUUCAAUAUGCGUUCCUCCAGAAAUCUAACUGAACUUCCAAAUCUCUCUCAGAGUCGAAAACUUGAGCGUAUAAAUCUUGUUUACUGUACAAGUUUGGUUGAAGUUCCUUCAUAUUUUCAAUAUCUUCACGAGCUUACUUCUCUUGAACUUGCUUGGUGCACGAGUCUCAAGUAUCUUCCGAAGAUGCCAGGCAAUAUUGCAUACUUAAGUUUACGUGGCAGUGGUAUAAAGGAGUUACCUCCAUCAGUUUGGUCUCACCAAAAAAUUUCUUUUUUGGGUAUUGGAGAUUGUAGAGACCUUAAGAAACUUCCAAACAACAAUUGUAAGCUGAAGGUCUCAGGUUAUUUUAGUCUAGAAUACUGCUCAUCUCUUGACGAGUUUUCUGAGCUUCCCAGGGAUAUCAGUGUGCUAGAUUUGACUUGUACAUCAAUAGAAGUAUUACCCAUAUCAUCAAUGGAGUGCCUCAUUAGUCUUAGUACAAUUAAACUGAAUGAUUGCGAACGGCUUGUGAGCCUCCCGCCCAGCAUUUGUAAGUUGAAAUCUCUGAAGGAACUUGAUCUCACUGGUUGCUCUAAAUUUAAAAACUUCCCGGAAAUAUUUGAGCCAAUGGAACAUCUGGAAUUUCUUAGUUUAGAAGGAACAGCGGUUAAAGAGCUACAUUCAUCAAUCGAGUUUCUCUUUGUUCUAAAAAAAAUUCAACUGACAGGUUGCAAAAUGCUUACUAGUCUUCCCACGAGAAUUUGUAAGUUGAAAUCUCUCGAGAGACUUGAUCUCACUGGUUGCUCUGCAUUUUUCAAAUUCCCUGAAAUCAUGGAGCCGAUGGAACAUCUGGAGUUUCUUCGUUUAGCUGGGACAAGGGUUAAAAAGCUUCCGUCGUCGAUCGAAAAUCUAAUUGGGCUUCAAACAUUAGAUCUUCGUCUGUGCAGUAACUUUGAGGUCUACCCGAGCAGCAUCAGCAGUUUAACCAAUCUUAAAACUCUCAGCUUUCGCCAUUGUUUGCAUCUUAAAAAAGUGCCUCCCUUCUCAGUCGGUUUGCUCUCUUUGGAAAAACUAGACCUCUGUUACAGUGGGAUAUUGAAAGUCCCCAGUGGCCUCAUUCUUUUAGCCUCAUUACGAGAUUUAGAACUGAGUGGAACCAUGAUUAACAGCAUACCGGCUAGCAUCAAACAAGCUUCUGAGUUGCGAAGCCUGCACUUAAACAAUUGCAAGAGGCUUCAAUCUUUACCAGAGCUCCCAGUGCUACAAAUUCUUGAAGCAGAUGGCUGCACAUCACUGAAGACAGUGUCAAGUUCAAGGACUGCACUCUUUCAAGGUUGGGAUAAAUAUGAACUUUUUCGAGGGGUUCUUAAAUUUUAUAAUUGUCGAGCAUUGGACUGGACUGCAAGGAGCAACAUGAUGGCUGAUGCACAACUUAGAAUUAUGCGAGUGGCAACUACGUCCUCAAAUGUUGGACGAAGAGAGGGUAAUGAAAGGGACUCUUAUCCGCGGCCUUUGCUUACCAUUGUUUACCAGGGAAAAGAAAUUCCAAGUUGGUUCAGCUAUCAAAAUGAGGGAUCUUCAAUCAAGCUUCCUCGGGAUUGGUUUCGAAAAGGUUUCUUGGGUUUCGCUUUCUCUGUUGUUAUUGCAUACGACUUUUAUCCGCUUAUGUGGGUGGAAGUCAAUUUCAAGUUCAAAACUGAUAAUGGUGAGAGCCAUAAUAUCAGUUGUCCUAAUUUUUAUUCUCCGCAUAAGGAUGGUGGAUGGUAUGACUACAAUUUCAGUCGAUAUCACGUGCAUGUGUGGUAUAAUGCCUUUGAACUUGCAGUAGAGGGAGUAAAAUGCUCUGCCGAUUUCUACAAACAUGUCAGUGAGGCCUCUGUUUACUUCAUUCCAGUGGGUACUUCUGAUGAUCUAGAAGUGAAAGACGAUGGAGAAUUGAUGAGUCCAAAGCCCACGAUCAAAAGGCGUCGAAAAGUGUCGAAAAGUAUGAAGGUUAAAAUGCCGAAAUAUGUGGAGGUGGAAAGGUGUGGGAUAUGCCCGUUGUAUGCUGAAGAUGAUGAGAAAUUAAGACUUGAUGUGAUGUCACAGGAAACACAAGUAGAAGAAGGUGCGGGACAAGAUGAUUCUGAAGCCAAUGGAUCAAGUGAUGAACCUGAAGCCAGUGGAAGUUAUGAACCUGAAGAAUCAAGUGAUGAGUCUGAAACAAGUUCGAGUGGUGAAAGCGGUGGACGUGAUGAGUAUGAAGCCUAUGGAAGUGAUGAGUCUGAAGAAAUUAUUGAAAUGUAAUAUUGGGAUGGGCAACAAUGGACCAAAUGCUGAAAUUAAGUUUUAUUUUACAGGUAAGGUAUCUUUCACUUCAUUCUGUUUUUCUUGAAUUUGUAAACUUCUGAUGUUUCCUUGGAGUAAAAUCUUUGCACGUCAUUAACAUUCUUCAUAUAUUCUGACUAUGUUAAAGCCGUAUGUAUCGCUUCUCAGAAGAAGAAAAGGCCGUAUGUAUCAUGAUGUUUUGGAAUUCAUUUCA